AUGUUACAAAAAGGCAUUUUCCGUGUGCUUAAAAAGUCAGCGAUAUCAUCCAUCUUUUUGCUUUGUGCGUUGAAUCUGGUUUCCGGGCAGAUUCGUUACUCCAUUCCUGAAGAACUGGAACACGGGGCCUUCGUGGGAAAUAUCGCAGACGAUUUGGGUUUAAACACGGAGGAGCUAUCACGGCGUAAAUUCAGACUUGUAUCGGCCGCGUCGAUACAGUAUUUGGAUGUAAAUCGCAUGAAUGGGAUUUUAUUUGUGAAUGCAAGAAUCGAUAGAGAACAAAUAUGCGGCCAGCGAGUUAACUGUGUAUUGGUCCUGGAAGCGGUAGCUGAAAGUCCCGUGGAACAGUACCGUGUGGAGAUUCAGAUUUUAGAUGUAAAUGAUAAUUCGCCUAUCUUUCAGAACAAAGAGAUUCGUUUAGAUGUUACAGAAUCCACGCUGCCUGGAGCUCGCUUCCCGUUAGAGCGUGCGCACGACAUAGAUACGGUAAAUAAUUCUAUUCGUACGUAUCAGCUCUCGACAAAUGAGCAUUUUAGUUUAGAUAUACGAAGUCGUGGACAAUGGAAAUCACCCGAAUUAAUAAUGAACAAAUUGGUCGACCGAGAAAUAAAAUCGAGCUACCAUUUGUUGCUCACGGCUCUAGACGGCGGAUCACCAACAAGAUCAGGUACGGCUCAUAUAUCUAUUACAAUCUUGGAUACCAACGAUAAUCCGCCUGUUUUUGACAAAUCGGUGUACAUUGUUAGCGUGAAAGAAAACGUGCCAUUGGGCACUUUACUAAUUAAGCUAAACGCUACUGAUUUGGACGACGGACAGAAUGCAGCGAUAACCUAUCUCUUCAGCAGUUAUAAUGAACCAAAAAUAACCGAAAUAUUUACGAUUAAUCCCAAAUCCGGAGCGAUACACCUAAAGGAAACUUUGGAUUUCGAAGAAGGAAGUGUGUAUGAGAUUGAUGUUGAAGCUAGGGAUGGAAAUGUGCAGCCGCUAUCUACACACUGCAGCGUGCGCGUGGAGAUCACAGAUGUCAAUGACAACGCUCCUCUGUUGACUCUAAAUUCCAUUUCUGGCACAGUCAGUGAAGGUGAUCCGAGUGGAACUUUAAUCGCAUUGAUUAGCGUGAUAGACCAGGAUUCCAAUAAAAAUGGAUACAUCGACUGCUCCAUUUCAUCUAAUGUCCCCUUUGACUUGAAAUCGUCCUUCAGCAAUUCCUACAGACUUAUCACAAGUGCACCACUGGAUCGAGAAACCACUGCUCAAUAUAGAAUAACUGUCACUUGCAAAGAUCGCGGGAUCCCACCCUUAUCUACCAGCCGGACAAUAGUGGUAAAUAUCUCAGAUGUAAAUGAUAACGCGCCGCGCUUUACGCAGCCUUCGUACACGGUAUAUGUGACGGAAAAUAUUGAGCCCGGCAGCUACAUUGGAUCAGUGACUGCUUUGGAUCUUGAUAUUAACAGGAAUUCACAGCUGUCUUACUCUAUUUUGGAAAAUCAGAUUCAGUCAGUGCCAUUGUCAUCCUAUCUCUAUAUCAACACAAAUAAUGGAAGUAUCUAUUCGAAACGACCAUUAGAUUACGAGCAAAUUAAACGUUUUCAGUUUCACGUUCGAGUCCAAGAUGCCGGAUUACCAUCACUUUCGAGCGAUGUUGUUGUGCGUGUGAUAGUCCUGGAUCAGAACGACAAUCCACCCUCCAUAAUAUCAUGGAAAUCUAAGAACAACACUAGUUUGCGUGUGCCUCGAACUGCAAAACCUGGACAUUUGGUUAUAAAAAUCUUUGCUUCCGACGCAGAUUCCGGUAAGAAUGCACAACUGUCGUACCAACUGAAUCAGGCUAGUGUUCCUGGUCUUUUUAAAGUUUCGCAUAGUUCGGGAGAAGUAAGGAGUGUUCGGCAUUUCAAAGAUGGCGACGCGACCACACAAACACUAAUUGUCCAGGUGAAAGAUAAUGGUUUUCCACCUCUUUCUGCUACUACCACCUUGACGUUGACAUUAAUUGACGAAGGUAUAUCCCAUCAGCCUGACGUUACAGAACCUCGUCAAGAUUUAAAAGAAACGAAGCAGUUGACAUUUUAUAUAAUUAUUUCGUUGGGAGCAACAUCUUUUAUCUUGUUGGUGGUUAUCAUUGUUUUGGUUGUUGUAAUUUGCCCGAUUGGCAACAGGACGGCUUCAGGCGGUGCUUGCUCUUUUGCCAGCUGCUGCAGCACCAAAGAGUGGGAAUGUCAGAAUUCCAAUUUCAACCUUCAAGUGACGCCGGAUUUCCACAUCGUUCCCAGUUUGCUUGAGGUUCGAGGCAACGGAUCUCUUUCAGGGACGUGCCGUUAUAAGAUUCGAUCCGCACCUGAAUCUGGUGCAAUGUUCUUCGCGCCAUUGCCACAUAUGGCAAUGGUUGCUGGAAAGGAGACGAGGUAUAUGCUGCCGGAUAGCCCAAGGAUGAGGAAGAGCUGUCCAGACCACGUGAGUGAUAACAAUAAUGUGUAA